AUGGCGAAAAAGAGAAGAUUCAUUUACAUUAAGGAGAGGGUGUGGAAAAAGCUUCAAGGUUGGAAGGAAAAAUUGUUAUCCCAAGCGAGGAGGGAAGUACUCAUUAAGUCAGUCAUCCAAACCAUCCCAACUUAUACAAUGAGUUGCUUUAAACUUCCAAAAGGUUUGAUCCAAGAAAUUGAAGUUCUCAUUCGUAAAUUUUGGUGGGGUUAUAGUGGAGCUGCUAGAAAAGUUCAUUGGGUGAGUCGGGAACGAUUAUGUGAAGCAAAGGAAGUGGGAGGUAUGGGGUUCAAAGACAUUGAAAAUCUUAAUAAUGCGUUCUUGGCAAAACAAGUGUGGAGAAUGAUGAAUAAUAUAGACUCUCUAUGUUUUCGAGUCUUCAAAGCUCGUUUCUUUCUCAGUUGCUCUAUUCUUGACGUGGAGGAAAAGGCCUCGGGGUCCUAUGUAUGGAAGAGUAUCCUAAGUGCGAGGGAUGUCAUUAGGAAAGGUAUGGCUUGGCGAAUCGGGGAUGGUCAAACUAUGCGGAUUAAGGAGGAUAACUAG